AUGAGUACUUCAACUACAGCAAUCUUCCUUCCAACUGCAACCAGCCAGGCUCAUGGGACUAACCAGAGUGUGGCUGUGGGAAAGACAGAGGCAUCAUACGCUGUCCUCAAGUUCAUGGAGAGCUUCUGCCUCAUCAGCGCUGCCUGUGGGAUGGUGGGAAAUGGCAUGGUCAUUUGGUACCUUGGCUUCCGCAUCCGGAGAAACCACUUCACUGUCUACAUCCUGAACUUGGCCGUUGCUGAUUUUGGGUAUCUCCUCUGCAUCGCCAUUGAGACGGUUCAGUACUUGAUGCAAUUCAAUGUGGGGGUGCAGUUUGGGAUAUUCCUCUUCCUGGAUCUUUUCAUGUAUGGGACAGGCUUGUAUCUCCUGACCACCAUCAGCAUUGAGAGGUGCCUUUCUGUGCUUUGUCCAAUCUGGUGCCGAAGCCACCGCCCAAAGCUCUUGUCCAGCAUCAUCUCCGGCCUGCUCUGGGGUCUCUCCCUGCUGCUGAACAUGCUUGGGUAUGUUUUGUGUACUGUUCGCCCCUCUCCCAAGAGCUGCCACAUCCUGCUCAUCACCAUCGGAGCCUUGAACUUCCUCUUCUGCACGCCCCUCAUGCUGGUCUUCAGCCUCACCCUCUUCCUUAGAGUCAAGUGCAGCUCCCAACACCUCCGAACAGGCCGGCUCUUCACCGUCAUCAUGCUCACCAUCCUCUUCUUCCUCAUUUUUGCUGUGCCUUUGAGUGUCCUGAUUCUCUUUGACUUCUUGGGCUACAAAUUUCUCUACUCUCCGGAGAUCGGCUUUGUGCUGUCCUGUGUGAAUAGCAGUCUCAACCCCGUCAUUUACUUCCUUGUGGGAAGCUACAGGGAUCGGAGAAUCAAGUUCACCCUCAGGCUGGCAUUCCAGAGGGCCUUUGAAGAUUCAGCAGAUGACAAAGAUGAACGGGAAACCCGUGACACAAUAACUAUGUCCUCCUAA